AUGCGUGCCGCCAUUCUUGCUGUUGCCGCUGCCGCUGCCGCCGCCCCUGUUCUGGCCGGCGCGGCUCCUACACCUUAUUCUCGUGAUCUUUACGUGCGUGAGGUUAGCGAUGACCUUGUUCGCAGGAUGUUAUCGGGUGCUUUGCUCGGUGCCUCGAAGGGUGCCGGUAGAGGUUCCGGAAAGGUCCUCAAGGAAGCAAACAAGCAGCAGAAGGCAAACAAUGACCCGGCCAACAAGCCUGUCAAAUUGCCCAAGUAUGACCCCAAGAUACAUGGAAAGCAGGGCGACAGCUCCAAGGGGAAUGGCAAACGCGAUUAUGACCUCGAUCUUUUCGCCCGUGAAGAGGACGAGGAUGAGUCAGCGCUCGUUCGGCGCAUGCUUUCUGGUGCUCUGCUCGGUGCAUCCAAGGGUGCUGGGCGGGGUGCGGGAAAGGUCCUGAAGGAAGCGAAUAAGCAACAGAAGGCCAACAACGACCCUGCCAACCAGCCUGCCAAGAUUCCUAAGUACGACCCGAAGAUUCAUGGCAAGCAGGGUGACAGCAGCAAGGGCAAUGGAAAGCGUGAAUACGACCUUGAUCUCUUUGCUCGCGAGGAGGAUGAGGAGUCAGCGCUCGUUCGGCGCAUGCUUUCUGGUGCUCUGCUCGGUGCAUCCAAGGGUGCUGGACGGGGUGCGGGGAAGAUCCUUAAGGAUACGAAUAAGCAGCAGAAGGCCAACAACAACCCUGCCAACCAGCCUGUCAAAAUUCCCAAGUAUGAUCCCAAGAUUCAUGGCAAGCAGGGUGACAGCAGCAAGGGUAAUGGGAAACGUGCCGAUGAUAUCCUUUAUGCUCGUGAAGAUGAUGACUUCCCUCGAUACCGCGAGGACAUUCGGCAUGAGGACGGUCAGCAGUUCUGGCAUCACGGCGACGAGGAUGCUGAACACCAUUAUGGAGGCUUUGAGGGUCACGGCGAGGACUUUGGGAACCAUCAUGAGGAUUUCAAGCACGAUGAACACAUGGUCCAUCAUCUUCGGGAAUUGGUUGCGCGCGCUCUGUUUGAUGAGCUCGAUUGA